UUCCUUGGGCUCCGAGAGUCAACGGACAGUUUCGAAAAAGGUUUUGUGUUUCGGUGGCUUAGAGUCGUUAAUUUAUGUUUUAAACGUUCGAUCGCGCUUCGAGAGUCGAUAUCACGCAAGAACUCAUUUCGCUCGUCCGUUGUAGCUCGACGAACACGUUUUUCCUUCGUUUUUUUUUUUUUGGUGGAUCGCUUUUUUUUUGUUUUGCGGCCGCGAUCUCGUAGCCGGGCCACGUUUUUAAACGAUAAAAUCUAGCGUCAUGGGAGACGAGAACAGGAUCCGUUCGUUCAAGAACAAAGGCAAAGACACGGAGGAAAUGCGGAGGAGGCGAAUAGGUCAGGCGGUGGAACUCCGCAAGGCGAAGAAAGACGACCAGCUUCUCAAACGGCGUAACAUUUCCGUCGCCACCGAGGAGCCGGUGUCGCCGCUCCAGGAAAACAACUCCACGUCCCCGGUAACGAUGUCCGCAGAGGAAAUCAUGUUCGGGAUGAUUAAUCAGGACGAGGACAUCCAAUUCAAGGCCACUCAAGCCUGCAGGAAAAUUUUGAGCAGGGAGAAAAACCCGCCAAUCGAUCACAUGAUCAGGUUGGGUGUUGUACCGAGAUGUGUGGAAUUCCUCUCCAAAAAUCAUAAUCCAGCUUUACAGUUCGAGGCUUGCUGGGCGCUGACCAACAUAGCGUCGGGCACGUCAGAACAGACAGCGGCCGUGGUGCAAGAGGGUGCUAUCCCGCGGCUGCAGCUGCUGCUCAACUCGUCCAAGAUGGAAGUUGCUGAACAGGCCGUAUGGGCUUUGGGGAAUAUCGCGGGCGAUGGUCCUUCCACCCGGGACCUGGUUUUGGCUAGCAAAGUGCUACCGGACGUGCUCAAACUGAUCAAGCCCGAUACGAAUGUGUCGCUGUUACGGAACGCAAUCUGGGCGAUAUCAAACCUGUGCCGGAACAAGAAUCCAUCGCCGGAUUUCGAGCUUGUGCGCCCCGCCCUCCCCACCCUGGCCAGAUUGCUGGCCUAUUCGGACAAGGAUGUUCUGACAGACACGUGUUGGGCGCUGUCCUACCUCACCGAUGGCAGCAACGAGAAGAUACAGGCCGUGUUGGACACUGGGCUCAUUAAUCGCCUAGUCCAGCUGCUGUAUAGCGCGGAGAACACGGUGUUAACGCCGGCCCUGCGGGCCGUGGGCAACAUCGUCACGGGCAACGACACCCAAACGGACGCGGUGAUAAACGCGGGCGCGCUCCUCGCGAUGCCCAAACUACUGCAGCAUCCGCGCCUCAACAUCGUCAAGGAGGCGGCGUGGACGAUCUCGAACGUGACCGCGGGCAAUAGCGAACAAAUCCAAAAGGUGCUCGACGCGGACAUCAUGCCCGUACUGCUCCACGUCCUGCAGACCGGCGACUACAAAAGUCAGAAGGAGGCCGCGUGGGCGGUGACAAACUACACGAGCGGCGGCACUAUCAGGCAACUCGCCAGACUCGUGGAGAUGGGCGCGAUCAAACCGCUCUGCAACCUCCUCAACUCGAAGGACUUUAAAACGGUCGCCGUCGUCCUCGACGGCCUCAACAACAUCCUGACGGCCGCGAACAAAACGGGCGAGGUCGAGAAGGUGGCGAUAUUGGUCGAAGAGUGCGGAGGUCUGGACAGCAUCGAAGCCCUGCAGACCCAUGACAACGAGAAGAUUUACGAGAAGGCGCUCAGCAUCAUCGAGAACUUUUUCUCCGACAACCAGGCGGAGGACAUGCCCGCGCCCCAAGCCGAAGACGGCCAGAUACAGUUCUCCAGCCCGGCCCCCCACGUGCCCAGCGGCGGGUUCUCUUUCUGAAGGUGGUCCACGUGAGUUCUGCGUAUGUUUUUUUUUGUUUUGUACCCUUUUUUAUAUACACUUGUUAGUAUUUUUUUCCGAAUACAUUUUUUACUCUUUGUAAGUGCCAGAAAUGUUUUUUUUGUCGUUCCAUUUUCAUCUUAUACUGAAUUACUAUUUGAUAAUGAAU